UGAUGGUCUUCAUAAUCGUAAUCGAUAAAAUCAACGACAUAGUCAGUUGUGUCGUCGGUGACGUCGUACUUAGACUCCUCAGUGAACUCAGAGCUAUUCGAUCCAGCGAUGAGCCGCACUUCCACUUCCGGCUUGGGAUUAUUCUUGCCAAGCACCUCUUGGAGCGAUGAGUCUCCCUGCGGUUCAACAACAACCGGCAUCAGCGGCGUGGGAUCCAUCUUAUAAACGUUAUCGUUGAAAUGCGUAGCCAGAUUGGGGGAGUCCUUAGCGGGAGGUAAUCCGUCGGAUCCAGCGGAGGCUUCCGUGAUUUGCUGGCAGUAGAAUUGUCCGCUCGGAGCUAACGGAUUUUGCAUCAUCUGCAGACGCAUUACGAGUAAAUCCAUCAUCAUGAGCUUGGCCGUUUUCAAGAUCCGCUCGUACAUUUGCACCCCGUACUGCAGCCGGCCGGUAUACAUAAAUUCUAUUAUUGGGAUGACAUCGUCCGGUUGCAGGUCCUGGGGCAUGAUUAGAGUAUUCUCAUGGACGAUUUGAAGGCCAUUGAAGAAAUCUGUGCUUGCGUAAAGCACCAAGCUGUGGACCGGCAACCGAGUGUGGUCACUAAACUCCAGUACCAGAUCGCAGCGACUUCUUUUCCUGAAGAGCCCUUCCUGAUACAGGAGUACUAUUGUUGCCCACUCCUUCACGUGCAUCGCCGUCUCGGGUUCUUGCUGCAUUUUUUCACUGCAAAAUCUUAAAAUCCCCGAUACGAGAAUUCCUAACCAAACCGCACCUUACCGAAUUUCCGCAAAAAGAGCGCCAAAGAACCGCCGUUAAAACGUUCGAGCAAACCACCCGAAAACACUUAUUUCGAGCUCAACAACCUAAAAUUCGAGCAAAAACCCGGGCCAAGUCGGCUUGAACCGAUUCGAUCCUGCUUGAACCAGCCCUCGAUUCGAGCAUUCGGAGAUUGUUAUGCUGUCAGUCCGCCCCAGAUGCUGUGAGUUUUUCCGGCGGAAAUCCGAGGAAAAUUCUUAGAAUUUUCUUUUAAUUUAAACCAAUUCGAACGUGGUAAGAGCAAACUCCACUCCCGUCGGGAUUCUUGUUGACAAGGGAAUGAAUUCCCACUGAAAAAGGCCCACCCCUACAAAACCCUCGUCGCCCAGGCCAAUCACGUUUCGGUGCGGUCGCGAAGCUCGCGCUAAUCAAUUCGGCAAUUCGUCCUGUUUAGAUAACGGUUCUAAUCGCUAUUGCAAACCCGAACUGUGAAAAGAUUGCGGGAUGCUUCGAGGCUCGCGGUUGUUGCUUCGUAGUUUAAAGUGGAAUGUUCCCGUGACCGGAACCAGAAACACCAGUUUCCAAUUCGAUCAGUGCGCGUUUGGGAGAAGAAUGUUGCACGGAAAUCCGCUAACCCAGAGCCAGGCGUUCGUGAAUGGACGCUGGGUUGGGGCCAAUUCGGGGGCUACCUUCGAGGUACAGAACCCCGCCAACGGACAGGUACUGGGAGUGGUUCCGGAUAUGAACCGGGAAGAUGUACAGCUCGCCAUCGAUUCCGCUUAUAACGCGUUCUACGAGAAGGGCUGGCAUAACAGUACGGCCAAGGACCGGGCAGCGCUGCUAAAGAAAUGGUUUGCUUUGAUGGAGAAGAACCGCCAGGAGAUUGCGAGCAUCAUGACGGCGGAAUCGGGCAAACCGUUGGUGGAAUCACUGGGAGAGCUCACGUACGGGAACUCGUUCGUCGAGUGGUUUGCCGAGGAGGCACGUCGCAUCUACGGUGAAAUCGUACCAUCACCCGUGGCCGGCCGACAGAUUAUGCUGACACGCAAUCCGGUCGGUGUGGCCGGACUCAUAACGCCCUGGAACUUUCCGCAUGCGAUGAUCACGCGAAAGGCAGCCGCUGCUCUGGCGGCCGGCUGUACGGUCGUAAUCAAACCGGCCGAAGAUACGCCACUGACGGCACUCGCACUAGCUCGGCUCGCGGAGGAGGCUGGCUUCCCGAAGGGUGUUAUCAACGUGAUAACGAGUAGCCGAACUCAUGCAGCCGAAAUUGGUCAGCUGCUUUGUGGCAGCGAUAAGGUUGCGGCCAUCUCGUUUACCGGCUCGACCGAGGUUGGCAAGCUGCUCUAUCGCCAGUGUGCGGAUGGCGUUAAACGCAUUGGCCUAGAGCUGGGCGGAAACGCGCCGUUCAUUGUCUUCAAAUCGGCCGACAUGGAGAAAGCGGUGACCGGUGCGAUGAACUCAAAGUUCCGCAACUGUGGCCAAACGUGCAUCUCCGCCAAUCGGUUCCUCAUUCAGGACGAGAUACACGAUGAGUUCGUCGAGAAGCUGAUCGAACGGAUCGGCAAGCUGGCGAUCGGUGAUGGUAGCCGCGAGGGCAUUCAGAUCGGUCCACUGAUCAACCGAGCCCAACUAACCAAAGUCGAUCGUUUCGUAACGGAUGCGAAGGAAAAGGGAGCAACGGUGCGGCACGGAGGACGAACGCUACCCCAGCACGGUGAGCUGUACUAUGAACCGACGGUCGUGACGAACCUUCGGGACGACAUGCUGCUGUACAAUGAGGAAGUCUUCGGACCGGUCGUCUCAGUGGUACGUUUCAAGACGGAGGAGGAAGCACUGGCCAUCGCGAAUGGUACGCGUCGCGGUCUGGCCGGUUACUUCUUCUCGAACGAUCUGAACCAAGUGUUCCGGGUGGCACGUGAAUUGGAAACCGGCAUGAUCGGUAUCAACGAGGGACUCAUCUCGGCUACCGAGGCCGCCUUCGGUGGCAUCAAGGAGUCGGGCGUUGGACGUGAAGGCUCACGCCAUGGCAUUGAUGAAUAUGUUUACAUCAAGUAUCUCUGUUACGGCAAUUUGCAGUAGAACGAUCGGAUCCAGUGAUCCGAUCCCUAUUAGCUACUAGUCACUAGAACCGCAAGAGCUGUGCUCACUGCUGGGGCUCGCAUUGCGCAAACGCAAAACUCCAUCGUACGUCUUCCACGGGCGCCAUAAUGUCGCUGUUUGGUAAUAUCAAACCAAGAUAUAGCUUUAAGUGGUAAAUGUUCAUAUUAGUCCGUGUCCGUGUUAAUUCAUCAUUCAAUAAAGCUUGUGAAGCAC